CUGACUUUUUGUGUACUGUCUCUUUAAAUUAACGCGUCGCCUUAACGGAAGCGGGUUUGUUUUGGCGGCCCAACCAAAUGAAAGAAGGAGGGAGCCCUGCGCGUCUUUUAGUACACAUUAAGAGUUGAGAUUACGUUUAAGUAUAAUUUUAAAAAUGACUCUGAAAUUAUUAAGUCUUCAAACGUUUAUAAAAACAAGAGGCAGCGAAUGCGUAGCGCAGCUGGCUAAUGCUCAGUACUACCGUCAGCGCAGUGCUAGCAUAGCAUAGCGCAGUGUAGUGGCUGGCUGGUUUGUUUUUGCGUGUUUUAUCCAGCCGUCAUUUUAAAAAGUCUUUGCAGACACACUAUGGCUUCAUUUUAGUAACGGCUUCUGUGAAUAAGCUAAUGUUACAGCUAGGGCGGUUAGAUUUGGUUAGCUAAAGCUAACGGCAACAACAAAAACUCCUUGGCUAGCCAGACAGCAAAUAAAAAAGUAACGUUACAAAAAGUGCAUCGACUGUUCUGCUACACAUCUUUACCAUGUUGCACUAUUUAAGUUACUAUUCUUUUGUGUCUUGCACGAAUGGUUAGCUAGCUAGGUUAAGUGGUUGCUGAAAACACUGGUAAAUGCCAUGAGCUUCAUAUUGCCUACCGACUCUUCACAUCAGUAAAGAUGAAUGGGAAGGUCAUACCUUACACGCCCAUUGCAGUUGACUGUUGGCAGGUGCGAAAGUGCCACCAUGCCCGGCUCUUCUUCCUCUCGCACAUGCAUACGGACCACACCUCUGGUCUCACGUCCACCUGGAGCAACCGGCCCAUCUACUGCUCGCCUGUCACAGCCAAACUCCUAAAGCUCAAGCUGCAGGUGAAGGAGAAAUGGGUCCAUGCUCUGGAGGUUGGGGAGCCACACAUGUUGCCACUGGAUGAUAUUGGGAAAGAGAAGCUGACCGUUACUCUCAUUGAUGCUAACCAUUGUCCUGGGGCAGUUAUGUUCUUUUUCGAGGGCUAUUUUGGCACCAUUCUGUACACUGGGGAUUUCCGCUACACUCCUUCGAUGCUGCGUGAGCCGUGUCUCAGGAACAACACGACCAUUGAUGUGCUGUAUGUGGACAACACCAACUGUGACCCCACUCGUUCUCUUCCUUCUCGACAGCGAGCCUGUCAGCAGAUGAAAGAGAUUAUACGAGGCCAUCCAAACUACACUGUGGUCAUUGGUAUGUAUGCUCUUGGUAAGGAGUCUCUGCUUGUGCAGUUGGCCAUGGAGUUUAAGACUUGGGUAGAGGUGGAUGUGGAGCGUCUGGAGACUCUCCGUGUCCUGGAGCUUCCAGAUGUGUUCACUACUGAGCCUGGUGCAGGGCGCAUCCGAGCAGUAGCUCAGUCUGAGAUCACUGCUUCCAACUUGCAGGCCUGGAAUAAGGAGCAACCCACCAUCGCUAUACUCCCAACCAGUCGCCCUGUGGUGUCCUGCCACCCAAACGUAUAUGUUGUGCCCUACUCGGACCACUCCUCCUACCAGGAGCUGGAGGACUUUGUCUCAGCUCUGCGUCCAGUCUCGCUGGUGCCCAUCGUGGGCAGCUGCAUGCCUUACUUCUCCUCCCUGUUGAGCCCACGGAGGAAGCGCCGGGACAUGAUAGUACCCGAAUCAGUUCAGCACUACAUGAUGGCCAAGUCUAACGAUCAGCUUUUUGAUUUCAGCACGACUAGCGUGCACCACCGUCCUUUCCGUCCAGUGCCUCGAGGAGUGGUGUUUGAAUCACCCAGACAGAGACCCAGACCCAGGCUUUCCAGACAUGAAGAUGUGGACUCAGAUGCUAUGGAGGUGGAUGAUGGUGCAGUGGAGGUCAAUUCUGAAGUAGAUACAGACUCAGAUUGCAUCCUGUUGGACAUGAGCACUGAUCUCAGUCAUGGUGUUACCCCUCCACGGCGCAGGAGUCUAGAGCUGGUUCGAGUUGUGUCCGAUGACACCAUCACUAUCGAUAGUAUGCCACUAGAUGUGAGUGAGUCCCUCCUUGCCAUUCAAAACAUAAAGUCCCCCAGUACUAAAAGCACAAGCGACACUGAGAGCUUACGCUGUGACUAUGUUACUGCCCUGACCCCUAAUCUUCAAAACACUAAGAAAAGAAGCCCACAAAUGGGAAGCACUAACUCCAGAAAGAUGUGCUCGUCAUUGGACAGCAUUAAUCUUCAUGACAGCACCUGUAUGACAGCUUUUGCAGCCUUAACACCAGUUGAAAUGCAGCCUGAGACAUCUGAUCAGUCUUAUACAAGUGAGAGAGAGCAGAUAGAGCAGUGGCUACUCGAUAACUUCACUGUUCCAGAGGAAGAAUUUGUAAGUCAGUAUGGGGUUUAUCCGAGUUUACAUGAGAUGUUUCCACUCACUCCAGUCAAUAUGCCAAAACCAGAAGGUGAUCCUUUUGAAGCUGCAAUACAGAGAUUGAAAUCAAAAUAGCCACUUAUGUGAAUGCAUAACCAUGCAGUAUUAUUAAGCAACACCAUACACUGCUUUCAUCAUUGUCAUGAUAGGAUCUCAUAACUCUUGUUUAUUUUUUUUUUAUUUGAAAACAACAGCUGUCCCUUUUGUCGUGUGAACACCUUAUGUGAAUGGACCUAUGGAAAUGGUCCAGAAUUACUUAUUACAUUAACGUACAUAUCAUAAAAAAACUGAUUUUUCUCACUUUUUUGAACCAAAAGUUUCAUAUAGUAUGUAAACACAGUUAAAGUUUCAAAGCAUACUUUUCACUUCCCAGGCCAUGUGUGGAAAUUAAACUGGAAAAGUUAUUUUCAAUUCACCUUUUUGUGAUGUCAUGAAAACGAACCAUUUAUAUAUCUUCACCUUUUCUGUCUUUAGCAGUUUAGCCCUGCUCAUUCUUGUUGAAGUUAUAAAGAGCCUCACUGUUUUUUUAAUAAGGCACAGUGCAGGGCAGCCAGUCAGAACAGAGCUCAUUUACAUAUGUCAGUCAAAAAGACAGUAACUAAAACAGCUUGUUCAGUUUUAAAGGGUUAAAAGAGGUUGCAAACUCUGUUUUUGGUACAUAAAGCCACACAAAUGUUAUAAGCGAACUGCAGUAAAAACAGUAAAAUCCUGGAAAAGUGUAGAAUCUGUGACCUUUUAAAAGUGAAGAAUGUUUUCCUUCUCCUGUAAAGUUGUCUUUUCAGCAAUAGUGUUUUGUUCUUACAGUAACUGUUUGCAAUGUGCAUGGAUACAAAUUUAUUAGUUGUGUGCUAAAUUGUACUUAAGUAUGAUGCCUUGUUAAAAGAAUGCCUGUGAUUUGUCUCAGUAUGUAAUUUAUUUUCAUUACUGUUCAAGCACUUUAAUUUGUCAUCUUUCCCUACAUUUGUACUCUAAAGGUAUUGUGGCUUAUGCUUUUUAGACAGUGCCAACUAGAAGGAGAGCUCACUGAGUGUCAUUUUUUUUUUAUGCCUGUUCACAUUUAAUAUGUUCUCUUUAGAAGUAAAUGAACCUACUAUGAUGUUCACUCCAUCCUAAAGCUCUCUGAAGUGCAGUGUUUUACAGCAUGCAUUUUAAUACUGAAUUAUUUAGUGUUCUGGUGACAUUGUGAUGUAGCAUCAUGUAGCACUGUUGUAAACAUAAUCUCCUGCAUGUUUAUCUAUAUGGCAACAUCAUGUUUUUGGUUCAUACUAUAUAUUAGAUCAAAAGCACUAUGAGUCUGUUGGUAUGGUGGCAGGAUGGAGUUUUAAUGGUUGCCUUUGGAAAGUUUGCAAACCACUAUGGUAUUAAAAAUGUCAAGAAUAAAGUUUGCUCUCCAUAGUAGUUUAAUGUUCAUGUCCUUUUCUGAUUCAUUUAGUCAAGUAUGAAAUUGUGAACAUUUCCCAAUGUUAGUAUCUUUGGGAAAAAAGAAACGAACUGCAGACACCAAAUAUAUCUAGGCUGAAACUGUUUCAGUUGUUGACCUGACAGUGUAGUACAGUUA